ACGGCAAAGUGGGCGAGGCUCGAAAUUAUCGGCAGGUUAUUGUCCGGCUACCGUCCAGCGGCUCGUGUUUCUAUCUGUGCUCGUUCUUCUCUAGCGAGAGUGUCCUCUGUGUCCAGGAAGCGAAUUCGGAGCCGACCAAGGGGCGGUAGCAUGAUGCCCGGACAGCAGAACGAAGACGUGGAGCUCAAAGUCAGCUACAUGGUCAAGCGCUCCCAGGGAAAGUCGGCGCUCGGCGCCACCAACUUCAAGAAACGGGUCUUCUGUCUUACCCUCAGUCGCUUUUCUUACUACGACGGGACGGUGGAGAAAAGAGGUAACCUGAAAGGGUAUGUGGAACUAACAAAAGUCAAAGUAAUAGAGAAAGUGAUGGACACAGCCUUCAACAAACCUGCGUUUCAGGUUGUCCACGGCGACCUGACGUUGUACGUGAUUGCCGCUAACGACCAGGAGCAGCAGGAGUGGAUCUCGUUGAUCAGACAGAAUUGCAAGAAUAAUGUGCUACUGCAAGAGAAAUACCAUCCCGGUCUCUUCCAGAAUAACAAGUGGACUUGCUGCGACCACCGGAGCAAGCACUCUCAGGGAUGCAGAGAUUCAUUCACGAAAGCCUCGUCUCCUCCCCCGAUAGCGUCGGGUGCCUCUGCAGCUCCGGCCUAUUCCUCCAGACCCCCUCGGGGGCCCCUCCCCUCCAUCCCUCUCCCCAACGAACCCACAGUCCCUCCACAUCAGAACGCAGUGGGCGGCGGCAGAAGCAGCCAGUACUCCUACCAACACACCACCCCUCGCAGCACACACUCCCCUCCUCACCAGAAUCCCAUCCCCAAUCCCUCUCAUCACUCGUCACAGUCCUCACAUCAGCAGCGCCCUCCUGCUCCCCUCCCCGCUGUCCCCGUGUUCAACCACCAACUACAGUCCCACGAGUUUGAUGUGGUUGCCAUGUACAGCUAUCCCGGUCAGGAGCAGGGAGAUCUGGCCCUCGUGAAGGGACAGAAGUACAUAGUGUUUGACGAUGCCAGACCCCACUGGUGGAGGGCCAGGGACGAGAGAGGGAGAGAGGGGUAUGUUCCUAGUAAUUAUGUAAAGAAGGUCGGGCAGACAAUGGAGGGAGAGGAGUGGUUUUUUCCGACCCUCUCACGAACUAGAGCUGAAGACAUCUUGAAGGAAGAGGCAAAAGAAGGAGGAUUUGUCGUCAGAAACUCCAGUAGAGAAAACAUGUACACACUCUCAAUCUGUCACGAGGGUCAAGUGCGACACUAUCACAUCAAACACGACGACGAGAAAUACUACAUCUCAGACAAGCACCGGUUCCCCACCAUCAAGGAGCUGAUUGAGUAUCACAAACUCAACGGUGGAGGUCUGGUCACGAGGCUGAGGAAGCCGCCCCAGCAGCUGCUGCCUCAGCUCAACACACUCUCUCCUCUCUUUGACGAAGCGUGGGAGAUCAGCAAGUCGGAAUUGACGCUUGGAAGAGAGCUGGGCAGUGGGCAGUUUGGGCGAGUGGUGGCUGGAAAGUGGAAAGGGAAGAUAGACGUGGCGAUAAAGAUGAUGAAAGAGGGAGCCAUGAACGAGGAAGACUUCAUCGAAGAGGCCAAAGUCAUGAAGAAUUUUCAGCACGAGAACCUUGUCAAGUUGUAUGGAGUGUGCACGGCACAGGGGCCUGUGUUUAUCAUCCAGGAACUGAUGUCACAAGGCUGUUUGCUGCAGUACAUUCGCAACCGUAAGGAACUGGCAGAGAAGAACGAAGUGAUGCUGGACAUGGGUCUUCAGGUCUGCUCCGCCAUGACGUGUCUCGAGGUCAACGGCUUCAUUCACAGAGAUCUGGCCGCACGUAACUGUCUCAUUGGUGAGCGGAAUGUGGUAAAAGUGGCCGAUUUUGGUCUCGCACGAUUCGUGGUGGACGACGAGUACACUGCUUCAGAGGGAACCAAAUUUCCCAUCAAGUGGGCGGCCCCCGAGGUUAUCACUCAUGCCAAGUUCAGCAGCAAGUCAGACGUAUGGUCAUUUGGUAUACUGAUGUGGGAGCUAUGGUCUGGGGGAAAAACACCUUAUCCCACAUUCACCAACCCUCAAGUCCUGGACGAGGUACUGAUGGGCUACAGACUAGAUAGGCCAAAACCUUGCAAACAAGAGGUGUAUUGCAUCAUGCAGAAAUGUUGGAGUGCAAAAGCAGAGGACAGACCGUCGUUUCAGCUGAUCCAAACUGAACUGAAACAGAUGGCAAACGAUAACGACAGAGAUUACAGCGAGCUUGUGGAGGACAGCUGAAAAUCCUCGCUGCGUGUAUAAUUAUUAUUCUUCAAUUUCCUGUUCUGUGUGCGUUCGUCCGUCCAACUGUAUGCUUCAGUCGUCGCGUACUUCAUUAUUUUCUUACCAAGAGUCCAUUAUGUAUUAUUAUAGUAGGAUACAUGUGUAAUGUAAGUGUGGCAGUGUUAUUUUGUUGUUUGUUGUAAAGUUACAGAUCGAGAGGACAAUUAAUUGUCAGCAUGAUUUUGUUUGUUUAUGAUUAUUACUGACCUGUUUCAUUAGUGUUUUGUGUGCGAUUGUCAUUUUGUAAGUUCAUUUGCUGUCAAUUAACUUUGUCCUCCAUUAAUAUGUAUUAACUCCGUCCAUAAUGCAGCAUGCAAUGCGUGCAUUGGCCAGAGGAUAAUUUGUGCCUUAUUGACUUGCUACUUGCUAGUUUUAGCUUGCCACAAAAGCACCAUAGAUCAGAACGUAUAUAUAUUGUAGUUGUUACGACAGUUCACUAGUUCUCUGUCUGGUUUUUGGCCGUUCGGUCGACCUCUUCUUGAACCCAAAACCCUUGAAGCUUCCAGGGGUCACCUCCGUCUCUGCCAAAGAAGGCGCCGUCUUCUCUGCAAAUUUCAGUCUCUCUUCUUCCUCGUCGACCAGUCUGUGAUCCUCUCUCUCUUCCUCACUGUCACUCUCCUCCUCCUCCUUCUCCUCUUUUACCUCUGGUUCAGGUUCUGGCUCCCUCGGACGUAAAGCAAUGGUGGUCCAGGCUCCGUACGGUCCCGUCGGUCUCUUUGGUCGUGGUUCUUCCCCCACCUCAUCGCCUGCCCUCUUUAUCCCUCCCUCUCCCUCUUCAGAGGAGUAAGACGAUGCUAUAGUCGGUGGUUUAAUCUCAGCAGUUGUCUUGGGAGGUAACUGAUCAGGGGGCAGUGGUUGAUAACUCCCUGGUUCGUCCCACUGAGUCACUGAGGUGAAGAUGUUGUAGUAAUAGAGUUGUCCCUCGGGAGUGACGGCUUGCUGCCACUGGGAAGGAGGAGGAGGCGGGGCCAUUGUUGCCACCUCUCUCUCUGCCUUCGUCUCUCUCUCCUGGAUGGCCGUCAGGAUCUCAGCGUGUGCCUUGGCCUUGCGAAACUCGAAGCUCUCAGCUAGGGCUG